AUGUCCUUUGAACAAGCUUCAUCAUCAUUUUAUCAAAGUAGUUCCGAUGACGUAGUUGCCGACGGAUACGAUGUUGCAUAUGGUGGAGAUUUACAAGCUGGAUUAGGAGGCUAUUCAAGUUAUGAAGCAGCAUCUGCAGCAGAAUACGGAGCUGGAGCUGGUGAGGUAGUUCUAGGUGGUGGUGGGGGUAUUAGUGGUGAAUACUAUUCAUCAUCCAUUGGUGGUCUCGGUCUGCAAGGCGCUUCUGACGCAUUAUUAGUCAGUGGUGGUUAUAGUUCUGGCGCUCUUGAACAACAAGCAGCUUCCGUAGCAUCACAUUAUGCAGUUGAUGCUCAAGGUCUCUAUCAAGAUCCUAAUCCUCAAAUUAUUCGUCGACCAGCACCAGGUGGUCCACAAACAUAUACUCAAAGAGUUCAAGUUAGAUUUUUACAACCACCACCAGUUCCUGCACCAGGUCCUCUUAUCAUUAAAGAAGUUCGUCCACCUCAACCACCCCCACCACCACCACUUUUCAUUCGACAACGUCCACCACCACCACCUGUAUUACCACCUAUUGUCAUUCGUGAAGCUCCACCUAGAUUACCACCACCAGUACCCACACAAGUACUUACUAAGAUGCUUCCAGCAAUACCUGUACCACCUCGUUCAGUCAUUAUCGAACGUUUACCACCUCUUCCACCUAAACCACGUGAUGUUAUCGUUGAACGUUGGUUACCGUAUCGCGUUCAACAAAAACGCCGUGUUAUUAUCCAACGGGCUCCACCUCCAGUGCUUCCAAAACCACGCAAUAUCAUUAUUUAUUAUGAACCACCUAAGGCUCAGGUUGUUCGUCGAUUUAUCAAUAUGGGUGUUUCACGUGCUAAUCCAGUUGAAUAUGUUGCACGUUAUGGAACUCAAUUGGAAGAUUCUACCUCACUUAUUACACAUGCGCGACAAGCUGGUGUUGUUGAAGAUAUUACACCACCUGGUGGUGCAUUAGCUAGCUAUCAAGCAGCUGGUUAUGAAAACUAUCUAUCAGGUGGUCUUGGUGCUGGUGCUGCUGUAUACGGUGUUAGUGGUGGCCUUGCAGGAGUAGGAGGUGCUGGCUAUGAAAUCUCUGGCGAUCUUUCAACAGUUGGAGGUGCUGCUUAUACUUUAGGUGGUGGUGCUGGCUAUACUUUAGGUGGUGGUGCUGGCUAUAGUGUACUUGGUGGCGCUGGUGGUUACAGUAGCAGUUUUGAAUCAUCAACCGGUGAUUUGGGUCUUGCGGGUUAUACAACUGGUCUUGGUGGCGGUAGUGGCUAUGAAACAUAUUCAUCUGAACAAAUAUAUGGUUGA